CCCUCGCAGGCGGGGGGCGGCGGGGAGGAAGCGUGCGGUGCUUUGCGGGCAGCCCGUGGUCGUAGCCGAACCGAGCCGAAUCAAGCCCCCGCACCAUGCCGGCCGCUGCGCCACCCCCACUCCAUCCCACGGCGGGCGCCUGCUGCCACUGUCAGGGACGCCAAGGCUUGUUGGACCAUUUGCCACACAAUGCAGACUCGAAAGUAAAAGAGAGGAAACUACAUGGGACUUGUCCUUCUGUUGGUAGUGGAAACUAUGGAAAACCAUGUUUGGGUGAAAGCAGCCACAGGUUUUUCAGGCCUUGCAAUGGUUUUCACAUGAUACAUUCAGAGCACAGUCCUGUGAAGCCAAGGAUAAUUACAGUGGUGAAACCUGGGGGACGCACGCUCCGGAGGAUAACCUUACUUCUCAACCGGAGAUCAGUCCAGACCUUUGAGCAGCUAAUGGCUGACAUUUCAGAAGCUCUGGGAUUUCCUCAUUGGAAGACUGACCGUGUGAGAAAGCUGUACAAUCUGAGAGGCAGAGAACUCCGAAGUGUUUCUGAGUUCUUCAAGGAAGGUGAUGCAUUCAUAGCUAUGGGGAGGGAGCCUCUCACUUUCAAGGACCUGGAGGUGGUAUUGCAAGAACUUUAUCCUGAAAAUCCUUAUGCUACCAGUGCUGCCAUUCAGCAGAAUGAGGAGCAGUCCCAAAAACUGAAGAACAGGCUGUAUGACAAGGCCUCGAAAGUAGACGGUGGCUUUGAUGAGACAGAAAUGACUAAGAACUGCAGUGAUGGCUUGUCUUCCUAUGUGGUUGAUGGACAUGAAGGAAAAAGUCAAGGCAAGACAAAGCAAGAGGAAAAAAUGAGAACCAAAAAAAAGUGGACUAGAGAGAACUGGGGUGGUGAAGGUGAACAUGGAGGGAAACCUAGAAAAACACGAGAAAGGUACCUUAACCAUGAGAGGAGUUCUGAGGAUGGCUUAGAGGAGAGUUCGGAGGAGGUGCUGAGGUGUGAGAAAUGCGAACAGGAAAGGCAGGCCAGAGAAAAGUUACGGAGGGAAAGGCAGGCUGAGGCCUCAUUUGAGAAUAGAGACUUGAACACAGGUGCGUGUCCGAAGUACCAUAUAGAAAGAAAUACAAAAGUCAGGAACUACCGAAAAUCCCCUGAAACUUGUCUGGAGGGUGAGGAAGUUGGCUGGAAAGAUAAUGGCAGUAGGAGAAUGUGGAAGCCACUACAUAGAAUUGUUAAUAAAGGACUGGAGAAGCAAAAAAGAAGCAUUAAGAAAGAAAAGGAUGUGGAGAAGCAUGAAAACCAUGGGAAGGUAGCUGUAAAAUUAAGGGAGAAUGCUGUAGAGGGGCUUCAACUAUCUCAUGAAGUGAAGAAAGAUAAUGGAAGUAGCUGUGUAAUGAACCAAAGUGGUUGGCUAAAGAAAGACACACUGAGGGAUGCUGAGAAAAUGUCUAAAACAUAUAGGGAGGGUAGAGAGGGACAAAGGGCUAAAGAGGAAGCUGCCAGAAGAGAGGGGAAUGCCAUUUGUAGAGAGAGUGAUAUGACUCGACAAGAAAAAACAUGGGAGCACAGAGUGAAUAAAGAAGACAACAAAGCUCAGGGAUUGGAAAGCACAAGCUGGAGGUAUGCAAUUAAAAGCAGAACUGAUGUGGAAAAACACUAUGAGAUUGGCAGAACUAUUGGGGAUGGUAACUUUGCAGUGGUGAAGGAAUGUCGCCACUGUGAUUCCAAUCAGAUCUAUGCAAUGAAAAUUGUUGAUAAAUCCAAGCUGAAAGGGAAGGAGGACAUGAUGGAAAGUGAAAUCCUGAUUAUUCAGAGUCUCUCUCAUCCCAAUAUAGUAAGCUUAAUUGAGGUGUAUGAGACAGAAGCUGAGAUCUACUUAAUCUUAGAGUAUGUCCCAGGAGGGGACUUAUUUGAUGCAAUCAUAGAAAGUGUGAAGUUCACGGAGCAUGAUGCUGCUGUCAUGAUCACUGAUCUGUGUGAAGCACUGGUUUAUAUUCACAGCAAGAACAUUGUCCACAGGGACCUCAAACCAGAGAAUCUUUUGGUUCAGCACAAUGCAGAUAAAUCUACUACACUGAAAUUGGCAGAUUUUGGCCUUGCUAAACAGGUUACAAAACCCGUAUUUACUGUCUGUGGAACACCAACGUAUGUUGCUCCUGAAAUACUUGCUGAGAAGGGCUACGGCCUCGAAGUAGACAUGUGGGCAGCUGGUGUGAUCCUUUACAUCCUGCUCUGCGGUUUCCCCCCUUUCCGCAGUCAGGAUCGUGAUCAAGAGGAGCUGUUUCAGAUCAUACAACUGGGUCACUAUGAGUUCCUGUCUCCUUACUGGGACAAUAUUUCUGCAGCAGCAAAAGACCUCAUCACCAGGCUGUUGAUAGUGGAUCCCCAGAAGCGCUACACAGCACGUCAAGUACUUCAGCACCCCUGGAUCAGAACAGCUGGGAAAACUAACAGCAGGAAUUUGCAGAGGGAAGUGACAAUUAACAUUGAGCGCCAUUUCCGGACCCAGCGCCGAAAGGAAGUUGUUGAUAAGGACACAUGAAAUCUUUUAAGCUCAUUUUGUCUUCUUUUUAUUGAUCAACAAAUCAUUUAUGUUUUCUUUUCUAAAUAAAUUGGGAAUUUAAUGUGUAGCUAUUGGUGGCUAUUCCCAUGCCUUUUUUUUUUUGAUUCUGAGAUUCUGAAGGACAGAGAUCAAAUUCACAUCCACUUCCUCUGAUGCUGGCAGUCUCUCUGUUGAAAGAAGCGGGGUCUAGAUAAAUUCUGCAGGGUGUCUAUUAUUUUUCUUUAAGUACUUUUCUUUAAGUACUUUUACAUCUUUUACAAAUGUUUGCUUCUGUGACUGAUACUAGUGAUGAGUCUUCUCUCAUUCUUUUUUUAUUAUAUCCUCCAGGAGUUGUGUGUAUGCAAUAUUUUCAAAAUAGCUGUCUGCAUAUACAUCUUGCACUAAUUCUUUAAAGUCUUUUCACUAAUUCCUUUUAACCAUAGAGUAGGAAGAAUAAAAAGUAAAUAUAUCUUUUAGCUGUAGGAUAUAUUAAAUAAGAAGCUAAAUACUGUAUUUAUUGAGUUGUGAGGGAAUACAAAUCCUUAUUGACUAAAUCUGAUGUUUUAUGAUAUCUCCCUUGGCAACAUCUUUCAUUGGUUGUUCAGGGUAAUAGAUAGGGUAAUGUUCCUGUUACAAGAAGGUGGUGCUGUGUAUUAUAGGCUGAAUGUAGACUAAAAUCCAGCUUGAGGAGAAAAAACUUGUUGGCUGUGGAAAAGUCUCCCCAGGGAAUCAUCAGAUGCUCUAUUUCAUGUGUUUUUUAAUAUUUUUAUUGGAUGCAAUUUUAAAGAAAUCCUGUGGGGGAAAAAUAUAGCCCAGAGAGGGGCCAUGACCUAGACAGCUUUUGAAUUUCAGAAUUUUUGAUUAACUAAUUAAAUUCAAAAAGCACUUGAGUUUUCCAUUUUAUAAUUCUUUGUUCUCAAGUUCCAUGGGCUAGCAAAUAAUAUUGAUGUCAGAGUAUUGGUGGUUUUGGCAUUGUAUACACAGCCUGUAGAAAUGAACGGUUUUUUUUUACACUUGGAGAGCUGCUGCUCUUCCUAUGUAUUUCAUAAUGAGAAAUGUCAGAAGCUUUUCAGAAUUAGUGGAACAUUUUCACAACUAUAUGAACCAGAAUAUUAUUUUUGGAGAGUGCUAAUAUUUUGUGUGAACUUGCUGAAUAACCAAAAAGUGUAGGGUGCUGUCAUCAUGUUUCUGUUUAAUCUUGUGACUUUUGUGCAAGAAUUAUGUAUAAAAGUAGAGGUCACUUGACUAAAGGAGAAUUGCACUUUAAUUUGAAUUGGCUUAUUUCUAAUACUUGCUGGAAUAAGAUUUGCUGUGGAGUUCAAAAAUUGGUGAAACAAACUAAUCAAAUCUUUACUGUAUGCCCAAGUAGUAGCUAUAUGGUAUGUCAUACUUCUACUUUGGAGUCUUUGAGUCAGGAAAACUUUUACUUUUCCUGAAAACAAAAAUGGAUUUAAGUGCUUCCCUGAGUUAAGGGAACCUAAUGUAACUUAAUAUUAUAAAAACAUUACAUCAUAUUUGAGUACUAGUAAUAAUGUAUCCUCUGUUAAUUUAAGUCUAUUUUGGAUAGGAUGUUGUGGAAAAAUAGCUUCUGAUGCGCAAUACUAUAUUUUGUAAUUAUCUUAUUUUUAAUAUAGUUGUUUAGGAAUAAAGUCUGAAGUGACAAAAAAUAUGUAAUCAACAAUGAAUCUGAAAGUUUGGAGAUUGUGUAACAGGUUGCCUUUUUCGCCUUUGAGAACCUGUCGCCUUAUUCAUAGUGCAGAAGAUGGAGAAUUUGCUUGUAAUGAUUAGAAAAAUAGUUUUUUUUUUCAAUGAUUUUGUUUUUCUUUCAAGUUCUCUGUGUUCCAGACAGGCUACAUGGACUGUACCAGGUGGUCACAGAUGCUGCUGUGGCGGUGCUGAGGCAUGGGUUUGUCACUGUUGCUAAUGGAGGUGUGGCAUUUGGCCCUCCUCCUUCAGGUUGGAGGCUGGAAAAGCUUCCAGGUGCUUCUCAGGGCUUUUACCUCUUUCUCGCCUUCUUUGUUACUCCUUCUUUUCUCUUGUUGCUUCCAGUGUUCUUGCUCUGCCUCUUUGUUGACUGAGGGAGUCCAGGUCCCCAAACAUUAUGGUUUAUGUUACUUGUAGCAAUUAAAACCUCUAUGAUUUUGGAGAGCUCAGCCUCAAGCUUUGCUUGCUAAUGUUGAAAGUAAUAUUAGGCAGGACUAAGACAAAAAAUGGUGAAAAUCCCCUCUCAUCUCCUACUGCCUUUUCUCAGGCUUUUCUUUCCCCUCUGUGUGACAUUCCAAUACAGACCUGAUAUUUAUGCUCUGUAAGAGGGCUUCUAAUAUAUGAACUAUGUUCACAUUCUGUGAUUGAGGAUUAUCACUGUUCUUCCUUUCCUGAGGUUUGUCUCCUUGGGUUCUGGAGUCAUCUUCUCCUUAAUGUUUUCAUUUCUUGAAUGAUUCCUUUCUCUACAGAAGUCUGAGGAAGCUCAAAGCUGGGUGUGAUUGUAGACUCAGAGCAAAUUAUUUGUUGGAAGAAGAAAUAUCCCUUCUUGCUCUUCCUUAAGUCUUUAUGGAUUAGACUCUCAUGUAGCUUUAUAUUCCACUGAAAAUAAAACAAGUUAUGAUGUCCUCAUCUCUUUAAAUGCUAACAACGAAGAGAGUCUGAAUAUAUCACCAAGAAAAACAACCUUCCCCCCAAGAGCUAAGUGCAAAUUAUUGCAGACCUCAAGAGGAAAGUUCCACUUUGAGGAUUUGGUAGGUCUAAGGCAAUAGAAGGCAAGAACCUGUUUGUUUACUGCAAGCUUUAGCAAAUCAGCUGAGUAGGAAUCCUUCCAUGCCUCUAAAAAUGUAUUGUUUGGUUCUUAACUCAUAAUAGAGAUCCUGAUAAAGCUCUAGUUAUUCCAGGGUUAUUUCUUUACUGUCUGGUUUUAACUAUUCAAAUAAUAGUCUCCUUUUAGAAACCAGAGGCUCUCCAUUAUCUUUAAUCAUUGACUUGGUUCUUCUUUAGUUGGUUGCAGCUUUUUAAGCAUGCUUGCAUAUUUUCAUGCCCUAAAUGCAGUAUUUCUCAGACUUGAAGCAAACACAAAGAUCCAAGCAGAUAGAAUCAUCAAUACUUCAUUUUGUAGUGAAACACAUGUGUAAUAGAGUUGCUUUUUUAGCUUUUCAGCUACCUGAAGAUAAAGUGGUCCCCAGAUAUCCCCUUCAUUUGCCAUGAAAGUCAACUUCUUCACUUUUCCAUAUGCUAUUACAUUUCAUUGGUCCUAGACCUCACCUACAUGUUUUCUACCACCUGUUAUCUGCCUACUGUCAUUGGGUUCUUAUCACCUUGGAUCACUCCCAUUUUUGAAACAUUUUGAAAUCUUCCCAUAUUAAAGUAUUUUUCUUCAGGAACUUCUGACCUUAGAAAUGGGAAAUUUUUGGAAGUGUUUAGGUAUGUGAAACUGCAAAAAUCUGGUACUUCACGCUGCAUGGUGCAUAACUGCCUGAAAAUGAACAAUGGGAAUUUGGUCAUUGCUUGUAUAUUUAGUCUCCUAAUAUUUAAAAGUAUGUGCCCAGGAGACUCAUGAUUGAAGGCAGUACAGAAGAGACUGUUUCCUCUGAGACAGAGAAACUUUUAACUUUUAUUCAGGGGCCUUCUUAAUUAGAAGGCUGUUUUAACAGCUAUGUGGAAUACCUGGACUCAAACACCAUUAAAUCUGCGACCUCGCUUCUGACUGGAAUUACAGGUGGAUUUUCUGUAUCUCUGUUACUGCAUUUUUGGCUGUAGGGUGAUGGAGGGAUGAUGGGAUGUUAUCCCCUUGAGCUUAGGCUCUUGGGUUUUGGUCCUCUUGUUAAAGUGAACUUUCUGGAGUUGACUGCUUGCUUUUUGGCAAGUACCCAGAUUUGGGGAGGUAUACAGUCUGGUUUAAAAUAUAAUAAAUUUGCUGUGCUUAUAAAGUGAUCUUCCCAAAGAAACAUAAGUAUCACUCUUAAAUAUUUUUCCUAUAAUUCCUUCUGUCACCUGGAUUUCUUUUAAUUUAAACAAUGUAAGGAAAAUACUUUUUCUGUUUCUGGGCGUGUGUGUUUGUCUGUCUUUUCUAAGUCCACAAGUAAUACUGUUGACAUUCUUGCUCCUGAAAGUAAUUAUGGGCACUUUAACUGGGUUUACAGUGUAUAAUGGCACUGUUUGUUCUCCAACAUGGUUUAUUUGUAACUAGGCUGGAGAUGUAAUUUUCUAAAUUAAAAUGCAUUGUAGACUUCAGCAGAAGCUGUUAUUCCUCCUGUGUAUCUCCAAAGAAGGUAAAUUAUACAAUAACUGUUAUGUUUCAGUUCUUUCCAAUAAAUUAGGAAACA